AUGGUUACUUACACAACCGCCUUUUACUACGCUCUCUCAGCUUUGGCAGUCUGGUCGCUUCUUCAGCUUCGAAAGAAACGAUUCCUGCCAUUACCUCCAGGACCUUCCGGCUUUCCCCUCAUCGGGAAUGUGUAUGACAUUCCUCAUGAUUAUCCGUGGCAUACCUACGCAGAAUGGGCGAAGAAAUACGGCGAUAUAAUCCAUCUAAAUGUUUUCGGCCACGAGACUAUUCUCCUCAAUUCCGCCAAAGCCGCCAUCGAGAUUUUGGACAAGCGGUCGUCCAAUUACUCAGAUAGACCAAGAAUGACGCCACCGACGAGCUUAGCGUCUCUAUACCCUGUACACAAGCAAACGACCAUCACUUUGCUCGAACAACUAUCGAAUUCCCCAGAGCGAUUCGUGGACCAUAUUCGACAAUACGUUGGUUCCGCUGUCCUUCGAGCAGCCUACGGCUAUACGGUGAAGAUCCUACUUGGUCGAAUUUCUGCCUUUCCUGCGAUAUAUCCCCGCACGGUUGCCUGGGGCUGGUUUCAAACGAAUGGCCCAGGAUUCGCUGAAGAGUUCUCAUGCUCUUCGCGAUAUCCCCUUCGACAAUGUCAAACAAGAAAUGGCGAGUGGAUCAGCAGAGCCGUCCUUCAGGAGGUAAUCAAGAAUUGUGCAGGACUUGUCUAUCUUGCUGGAUCCGACACAACGGCUUCUCUUCUGCUUACCUGGAUGCUCGCUAUGGCUCGCUACCUAGAAGUUCAAGCGCGUGCACAAUCCGAAGUUGAUGCUGUUACCCGAGGAUUGCGUUUACCAGAUUUCGACGACAGGAACUCCGCACCCUAUCUAGAUGCCAUGAUCACUGAAACUAUGCGAUGGCACCCGGUCACUCCAAUGGCGCUCCCUCAUCGUGCGAUGAGUCAGGACGUUUACGAAGGAUAUCGUAUUCCAGCAGGUACUGCUAGAUUUAUUUUCGUGUUUUCAUUCUUUGAGUCUGCGAUUUUGUUUCGAUCAGGCACAACGGUGACUGCGAACACCUGGGCCAUCCUUCACGACGAAACGAUGUACCCCGAACCUUUCGAUUUCCAGCCUGAACGUUUCUUACAAUCGAAGGAUGGCGGGAAAGAUGGUGUUUGUCCUGAUCCUUUUAUUAUGGGCGCCUUUGGCUUCGGCAGACGCAUUUGCCCUGGUCGGUAUCUCGCUUUGAACUCGGCCUGGAUUGCUAUCGCUAGUAUUCUUUCGCUCUACACCAUCUCGAAGUUCGUCGAAGAGGAUGGUACUGUCGUCGAGCCGACCGUUGAAUUUACAGAUGGUCUCGUGAGCCAUCCGAAACCCUAUAGAAUCAAGCUCAUCUCGCGACGAGACGUAAACAAAGCCCUUGAGGCUGCAAAGCUGGAAGACUACUAG